UUUGUGAUACACUCAAUGUAUACGUCAUUUAAGUUACCUUUUUGUGACAGUGAUGCUCAUUCGGAUAAGAAAGCAGGCUUGGCCACCCAAGUUAUUGGUGUGCUUGAUCUAAGAAGCAGCAAGAAGUGGGGCAAAUCUAGAACAAGUGGGAACAUCCUCGCAAGCACCGGCCACAGAAAGUCACAAGUUGUCAUCUUGAGGCUUGGAAUUCGAGGGGCCACGCAACUACUCAGUUCACCACCCGUCUCUCUCUUUCUCUCUCUGUGGAACGAAAGCUACUUCCACUACCUCACAAGACCACCAGAGCAAACAGCCAGCGAAAGCAGAACCACCAGCAGCCUCACGCCACCGGAUCACGAUCGUAUGGUGUCUCUCAUCCCAUCGCCGGAGCCACCUGGGUUCUUUGUGGCGGCGGAGGUCCAGCAGCAGCAGCCGCAGGCGCAGCAGCUUGGGAUGGCUCUUGCAGCUGGUGGAGCUGUGCCGACUACGGUCUCCUCGUCUGAGGAUCUGGGGAAGAAGAUCAGGAAGCCCUAUACCAUUACUAAGUCGAGGGAGAGUUGGACGGAGCAAGAGCAUGACAAGUUCCUUGAGGCACUCCAAUUGUUUGAUCGCGAUUGGAAGAAGAUAGAAGCAUUUGUUGGAUCAAAGACAGUCAUCCAGUGCUUGCAGAUAAGAAGCCAUGCUCAAAAGUAUUUUCUGAAGGUUCAGAAGAAUGGUACAAGUGAACAUGUUCCACCACCUAGGCCCAAGCGAAAAGCAGCUCAUCCCUAUCCACAGAAGGCUAAUAAAAAUACUCCUCUGUUAUCUCAAGCUACAACGCCUCUUCAAGGGUCCUCCUGUCUGAUUGAAGCAGGUUAUCCUAUCCGGACAGAUUCAUCUUCAGUACUUAAAAACUCAAGUCCUGCUGCAACAGUCCCUUCCUGGGCACAUAGUUCAGUUCAGCCUGUUCUUGCGGCCCGCAUUAAUAAAGAUGAUAUUGGAACUCCAGGAGCUGGGUUUGUUAAUAAUUGUGUUUGUAGUAGCACUGAAAGCUCUCCCAGGACAUGGCCUGCUUGUGAAACAACUGAUCAAGGGAAUCAUGUCCCAUCACUUCGUGUGAUGCCAGAUUUCGCUCAAGUAUACAGCUUUAUAGGGAGCGUGUUUGACCCAAGCACAACUGGGCAUUUGCAGAAACUGAAGGAGAUGGAUCCAAUUGAUGUUGAAACAGUUUUGUUGUUGAUGAGGAAUCUCUCCAUCAAUUUGACUAGCCCUGAUUUUGAGGAUCAUAGAGUGUUGCUCUCAACAUAUGAUGAUUCCGCAGAUGAAAUCAAACACCACAGCACCAACAAUGCUCUCCGGGGUGAUGGAAACAUGAAUGCAACUCUAAUGGUGAAAGGUGAAUAACGACAGCCUGUUUCCAAGCUUCCAUACUUGGAAUACAAUAGAGACCUGUAAAGUGCCUGAGCUGACACGAAGCUUUGCAAUUUGGGAAGCGAAGAAUUCGGCAACCAUUUUGUUCUUUCAGUGUACUCUAAAAUCACAAAUUUAUAAUAAGGGGCCAUGUAUGAUAUUUCUACAGGUAGUUUUGGGGGGGCCUGUACAGAUCUGCUGCACAUCCCCAUUCCUGAGCUAAGUUUUGACUGUGUGGGUCAGUUAUUUUUAUCACUGUAUAUAAAAUCCCAAUAAUCAUCUGGCUUUGUAGGGCCUCUUGUAUGUAUCCAUGUAUCAAUAGAUUGUGAUUAGUUUGCUUUGAGAUCUCCCUCUUUUUUGUUUUUUGUUUUUGUAUUAAUUUAACUUUUCUGAGGCUGUGGAUGAUAAGAGAGUUUUCGGUGUGAA